GAUGAUGAUGAAAGGGAAUGAAGAAAUGAAUGUUGCAGUUGGAGUGGGAACUAAAUGUAAAGAAGAUGUUGAAGACGAUGGAGAAAGAGAUUGCUUAGAGAAGGUGGAGAUGGAGGUCCACAACCAGAAGCAGAAUCAGAAAAAACUUGUUAGGCUUGACUCACUUGAUCAAGAGGCCUCUCAUAUCUCUGGAAUGGCGACCAAGACAACCAAGGCACUGUCCAUAGCUGCUGUGAUGAAGCUUGCCUUCCAAAGCAUAGGAGUUGUAUAUGGAGAUAUUGGAACAUCUCCUUGGUGACUGAUCACCUCAUUUUUCACCAAACAGAUAGUUGAAUUUAACAACAGAGAAGAAGAAGAAACGAAUACUUGAAAUUAACACAUAACAAAUAUACACUUGACAUAAUUUGAAAUAUGCAUAGCUAAUUUCCAACUCUGCUGGAACUAACACUGAACA